GUGGUAAAGUAAAACUGGGACCGUCCUCAGACAGAGAGGUGAACACUGGGGGAAUUGGAGAAGAGUGCACAGGAAGGGAAGGAGUCUGGAUGGAUAAGCUCUGCACUGACAGUGGCCUGGACCCACUCUGGGACUGGAACGUGACGUGGUACACAUUAAACCCGGACCUGACGCUGUGUUUUCAGCACACAGUUCUCAUCUGGGCCCCUGCUUCUACCUGUGGGUGUGCAGUCCUUUUUACCUGCUCUAUCUCCAGCGCUUCCAUCAUGGCCGCAUCUCGUUCUCCAGACUCUGCUGCGCCAAAACAGUUCUGUGUGUGUGCUUGGUGUUAUUUAACAUUUUGGAGCUGCUCUAUCUGCUGAUUGAGAAGAGAACUGAGAUCAAGCAGCACAUGGUUUUCCUGGUGAACCCGAUCAUUCGCAUCAUCACCAUGAUCUUGGCAGUGUGUAUCAUUCACCUGGAGAGAAUAAUGGGCUGCCGCUCCUCCCUAUUCCUUUUCCUCUACUGGAUGCUGACGAUGAUUUGUUUGAUUGUUCCUUUCAGAGCAAACAUCCAGACCAUCAUGCGAGAAGGUUUCUCACGAGGUGCCAUGCAGUUGGUGGUGUUUUUCUCUCGCUUGUCUCUUGAGCUCGCUCAGCUUAUCCUCAGCUGUUUCGCCGAUCAGCGACCUCACACUCUGAAACCAGGCCACGUGACGCAGAACCCGUGUCCAGUCGAAGAUGCUUCUUUUCUCUCUAAAAUGCUUUUCUGGUGGUUCAGUGGGCUGGUUGUGAGAGGAUAUCGUUCACCUUUAACAACAGAAGACCUCUGGUCUCUACGAGAAGAAGACACGUCCGAGAAAAUCAUCGGUGAUCUGGAGAGAGAGUGGAACACACAGCGUGCGGAGUUACAACAGGAGCGGAGUAUCAAUGUGUCUCGAACCCUGAGCUCCAAGAUCACGGAGCAAACACAGCUCCUGCAGAAACUUAGUCAGGAGCAGAGCGCCGGUUUCCUCCUGCUGCGUCUGCUGGCUAAAUCGUUUGGGCCGUGCUUCCUGUCAGGAACGCUCUGUCUCCUCAUCCAUGACGCCUUCAUGUUCUCCAUCCCUCAGCUGCUCAGGUCAGAAGACCUGCUGCUGGAUGUGGUAAAAGACGAGAGCACCCCCUUGUGGAAGGGUUAUUUCUUUGCCUUCUCCAUGUUCCUGCUCUCGUGCCUGCAGUCGCUCUGUAACCAUCAGUACAUGUACAGCUGCUUCGCAGUGGGCAUGAGGGUCAAAACGGCCAUCACGGGGCUCGUCUACAGGAAGUCGUUGGUGAUCAGCAGUGCUGCUCGCAGGACGUGUACAGUGGGAGAGAUUGUGAACUUGGUCUCCACUGACACUCAGAAACUGAUGGACUUUGUAGUGUACUUUAACGCCGUUUGGUUGGCGCCCAUCGAAAUCGGCCUUUGCCUUUUCUUUCUUUGGCAGCGUUUGGGCCCUUCGGCUUUGGCCGGUAUCACCACGGUGAUCUUUAUCUUCCCUCUGAACGGCGUCAUCGCCAAAAUGCGCAGCAAACUGCAGGAGGUUCAGAUGAAGCACAUGGAUGGACGUAUAAAGCUGAUGAAUGAGAUUCUGAGCGGAAUAAAGAUCCUGAAGUUUUAUGCCUGGGAGAAAGCAUUCGAAGAGCGAGUGCUGAGUUUCAGGGAGAAGGAACUGAAGGCACUAAAGAAAUCACAAAUCCUUUACUCCAUCUCCGUCGCUUCCUUCAACUCCUCCACCUUCCUGAUUGCGUUCGCCAUGUUCGGAUUUUACGUUCUUAUCGAUGAGAAAAACAUCCUUGACGCUCAGAAGGUUUUUGUCUGUCUGGCACUCAUCAAUAUCUUAAAGACACCGCUGAGUCAACUUCCCUUUGCCAUUAGCACCACCAUGCAGGCUGUUGUGUCUCUCAAACGUCUUGGGAAGUUUCUGUGUCAGGACGAGCUGAAAGAGGACGCAGUGUUAAGAGCUCCAUACACUCCAGAGGGUGACAGCAUUGUGAUAGAGGACGGCUGUUUCAGCUGGAGCAGAGACGGAGUGCUGUGUUUGAAGAGAGUGAAUGUGAAAGUGCCUCACGGCUCGUUGGUGGUGGUGGUGGGUCACGUGGGCAGCGGAAAAUCCUCUCUUCUUUCUGCCGUACUGGGAGAGAUGGAAAAGAAGAGUGGAAAUCUCACAGUAAAGGGUUCGGUGGCGUACGUGCCCCAGCAGGCGUGGAUCCAGAACGGCACGUUGAAGGAGAACAUCGUAUUCGGGCAGCAGAUGAAGGAAAGCUGCUAUCAGAAAGUUCUGGAGGCUUGUGCUCUCCUUCCAGACCUGGAGAUCCUCCCUGGAGGAGAUGAAACGGAGAUCGGAGAGAAGGGUCUGAAUCUUUCCGGCGGGCAGAAGCAGAGGGUGAGUUUAGCGCGAGCCGUGUACAGAAACUCUGACGUUUACCUGCUGGAUGACCCUCUGUCUGCCGUCGACACACACGUGGGUCAGCACAUCUUCGAUAAAGUCAUCGGGCCUAAAGGAGUCCUCAAAAAUAGGACACGUGUGCUGGUGACCCACGGGCUGAGCUUCCUGAAUCAAGCAGACCUCAUCCUGGUGAUGGAGGACGGCCAGGUUACGGAGUCGGGCUCGUAUACGGAGCUGUUAGAGAGGAGGAACUCGUUCGCCGACUUCCUUAAGAUCUUCUCAAACACUGAACCCAAAAGUGAAGAAAAUUUCACCAAUAAGGGUGCGAGGAAAUCUGUGUCACGUCUGAGCACGACGGAUUUCUCUGUGGAUAUUCAACAGGAGCAGCUCAUCAGUGGGGAUGUGAUCAGCACUGAGAUUCAGAGCAUGGAGGUUUUAUCUGAGUUAGAGCCAGAGCAGGAUUCUGAGGAACUGCGAAAAUUAACAAAGGCUGAUAAAGCACAUACUGGACGGGUGAAGCUGGAGAUGUACAUGGAGUAUUUCAGGACCAUUGGCCUGGCCUUCAUCAUCCCGAUCAUCUUCCUCUACGCCUUUCAGCAGGCCGCGUCACUAGGGUAUAAUUACCAACUGCAGCUUUGGGCUGACGAUUCUGUAAUGAAUGGCUCUCAGAACAAAACGGAUGCAAAUCUGGCGGUGUUCGGGGCCCUCGGCUUCGCUCAGGGGAUUGCCUUCUUCGCCACCACUGUAGCCAUCUCAUUAGGAGGUAUCAUCGCUUCUCGCCAUCUUCACCUGGACUUUCUGCGUAACGUCAUGCGCUCGCCAAUGUCGUUCUUCGAGAGCACGCCGAGUGGAAACCUGCUCAAUCGCUUCUCCAAAGAGGUCGACGCCAUCGACUGCAUGAUCCCCGAGGCCUUUAAGAUGAUGCUGGGAUACGUGUUUAAACUGCUGGAGGUCUGCAUCAUCGUUCUCAUGGCCACACCCUUUGCUGGAGUCGUCAUUCUUCCUCUCGCUCUGUUCUACGUCUUUAUCCAGAGUUUUUACGUGGCUACAUCCUGCCAGCUCCGGCGUCUGGAGUCGGUGAGCCGCUCCCCCAUCUACACACACUUCAACGAGACAGUGCAGGGAGCGAGCGUGAUCAGGGCGUUUGCGGAACAACCCAGGUUUAUCCUGCAGGCAAACUUUAAAGUGGAUCACAACCAGACCUCAUACUUUCCCAGAUUUGUCGCCACCAGAUGGCUCGCUGUUAAUCUGGAGUUUUUAGGGAACCUGUUGGUCCUCACAGCUGCAAUCCUGUCUGUGAUGGGAAGAAAAUCUCUGAGUGCCGGAACUGUUGGCUUGGCCGUGUCACACUCUCUUCAGGUUACCGCUAUUCUCAGCUGGAUCGUCCGCGCCUGGACAGACGUGGAAAACAACAUUGUGUCAGUAGAAAGAGUGAAAGAGUAUGCGGACACACCGAAAGAGGCAGCUUGGUCGAAGGAGAACAAUCUUCUGUCCUCUCACUGGCCACAAACCGGCUCAAUCCUGUUUCACCAGUAUGGAUUGCAGUACAGAAAAGGUCUGGACUGGGCGUUGAAGGAGAUCACACUCAACAUCCAGGAGAAAGAAAAGAUUGGGAUUGUGGGUCGGACCGGAGCGGGAAAGUCGACUCUCGCACUUGGAAUGUUUCGGAUCCUUGAGGCAGCGAAGGGAGAGAUAUUUAUAGACGGAGUGAACAUCGCUGAGAUCGGACUGCAUGAGCUGAGAGCUCGGAUCACCAUCAUUCCACAGGACCCGGUUUUGUUCUCUGGAUCUCUGCGCAAGAACCUGGACCCAUUCGAUUAUUACUCUGAUGAGGAGGUGUGGAAAGCUCUAGAACUUGCUCAUCUCAAAGGCUUUGUGUCAGGUCUUCAGGACAAAUUAAACCACGAGUGUUCCGAGGGAGGAGAGAACAUCAGUUUGGGUCAGAGGCAGCUAGUGUGUUUGGCUCGAGCUCUCCUCAGGAAGACGAAGAUUCUGGUUCUGGAUGAAGCCACAGCGGCUGUAGACCUGGAGACGGAUGAACUGAUCCAGUCCACCAUCCGCACUCAGUUCGAGGAGUGUACAGUACUGACCAUCGCUCACCGCCUCAACACCAUCAUGGAUUAUACACGUGUGUUGGUGAUGGAGCGAGGUUCUAUCACAGAAAUGGAUUCGCCCUCAAACCUGCUCUCACAGAGAGGCGUCUUCUAUAAAAUGUGCCAGGAGGCGGGGCUAGUGUGAUUACAUCAUAAUCAGAGAUGAGAAGUGUGAUGGUCUCCUGAAGGAUGAAGAUCUGCAGGACAGAACCUUCUGGAACCUUUUUAUACUUUUUAAUACAUGAUGAAGGUCCUUAUGAACAGUGUUACUCGGAGAAGAACUGUAACUGAUGUGUUCAUCUCUCUCUUUCUCUCAUACACUCACUCUAUUCAUUCUCUCCAUUUCUCCUCCUCCACCAGCUCCUCCUCUUACUCUUCUUCUGGUUCCGUCGUUUCCUUUCCCUCCGCCUUCUUCUCUUCCUCCUCUUCCACAUCCUCCACCUCCUCCACAACUUUCUUCCUAUCUUCUUCUUCUUCUCCCUUCAGCUCCUCAGGAACAAGAAGUUCUACAGAGUGAUUGUAAAAACCACCUCUGCAAUUGAAAGUUCUUGACUUUACAUUAAUGACCUCAACACCUGGAAUCAAUUCUUUAAAAAGAAUGAAUUAUUUAUAGAAAGUGUUCUGUAGCACCAGCACAUUCGUAUUUCAGCGAUUUAGAAAUCAUCAAAUGCUGAUGUUUUUUUUAAUUGUAUUAUUUGUAUUUUAUACGCUCACAUAUUUAAGCCAAAAUGUUAAAUGUUUUUCUGUACAGUCAA